AUUUUUCUGAAGCAUAAGGAGAAGGGAGGCUAGGAGGGAGGAGAAGGAUGAAAUCCAAUGAAAAGAGAAUCUGAAGCAAAGCCUGGAGGGAGGAAGAGGAUGGCAGGCAUCAAGAAGGAUAACCAGUCAGGUGUGUGCAAAAUUCAUUCCUAGGAACUGAGUGUAAAAGGUGGCAUUUCACACGCCUCCCCUCCCUCAGUUCUUGAAUCCUGACUCUGAGUGGGUAAAGAAGGCUGCUGUCUACAGCUGAGGAUGGGAUGCCAGGGAGCCUUUCUUAGAGGGGAAAAAACCUUUGACUGGGCUUAGCAACCAGAAGAAGAAGAAAAACAGUAUCCUCAGAGCAAAACAGAACAGCCUCCUGUGGCUAUUGCUGACCAAAUCAGGGGUUGGACUGCUGGCAAUGCACAUUGGACUAAGGACACAGAAAUCUCAGGAGGGAUUUCUGGCUGAGAUCUUGAGGCCGCAUGGAGAAGUCUGCUGAUUCUUAGGGCUGAGCCUUUUCAGGACAUGUCCUGCAUGCAGAAUCCACCUGAGUGCUUCUUUUAUGUGGACCUGGCCGCAGCUGGGUGAGCUAUGUGUGUCAGACAGCAUGAUGCUCUGUUUCAUUUGCUAAGAAGAAAGACCAAGAGACUUCACUGCAGAGGACCGUAUGGAAGCAACCUAACGCAGGACAGGCUUUUAUGAUCUUCUCUUCACGUUUUCAUGAGCCACUUCCAAGCCCAUGUGCUCACCCUUACAACAGAUAUUAGUCUCCCUUUGAACCUUGUUCUCCCAACAGACAUUCCAAAAAUUUCAGAUUAAAGGCAUAAAUAUGACAGUUGCUACUGGAGACCCAACAGAUGAAGCAGCAGCUUUGCCUGGUCACCCUCAGGAUACCUAUAACCCAGAAACCGAUCAUGAAUGUUGUGAAAGGGUGGUCAUUAACAUCUCAGGACUGCGGUUUGAAACCCAGCUGAAGACACUUGCUCAGUUUCCAGAGACCUUGUUAGGAGACCCUAAAAAGAGAAUGCGGUACUUUGAUCCUCUCCGGAACGAGUAUUUUUUUGACCGAAACCGACCCAGCUUUGAUGCUAUUUUGUACUACUACCAAUCUGGUGGCAGAUUGAGGCGGCCUGUUAAUGUGCCCUUAGACAUUUUCUCAGAAGAGAUAAGGUUUUAUGAACUUGGGGAAGAAGCUAUGGAGAUGUUUCGGGAGGAUGAAGGUUACAUCAAAGAAGAAGAACGGCCUUUACCAGAGAAUGAGUUUCAGAGACAGGUUUGGCUGCUAUUUGAGUAUCCAGAAAGCUCUGGACCAGCCAGGAUUAUAGCAAUUGUAUCUGUCAUGGUCAUUUUGAUCUCAAUUGUAAGCUUCUGCCUGGAAACUUUGCCUGUGUUUCGGGAUGAGAAUGAAGACAUGCCUGGUGGCAGCAGCAAUCCAAGCCAUUAUUCCAAUAACACUUCUGGGUCUCAGCAGCAAACAUCUUUUACAGACCCCUUCUUUAUAGUAGAGACUCUCUGCAUAAUUUGGUUCUCUUUUGAAUUCUUGGUGAGGUUCUUUGCCUGUCCCAGCAAAGCUGGGUUUUUUACCAACAUCAUGAACAUCAUUGACAUUGUAGCGAUCAUCCCCUACUUUAUCACGCUUGGAACAGAACUGGCUGAGAAACCAGAAGAUGGCCAACAAGGUCAACAGGCAAUGUCUUUAGCCAUCCUUCGAGUGAUCCGUCUGGUGAGGGUGUUUAGGAUCUUCAAACUCUCCAGACAUUCCAAAGGAUUGCAGAUCCUGGGACAAACUCUUAAGGCCAGUAUGAGGGAACUAGGCCUUUUGAUAUUUUUCCUCUUCAUUGGAGUCAUCCUGUUCUCCAGUGCUGUCUACUUUGCAGAGGCUGAUGAGAGUGAAUCUCAGUUUCCCAGCAUUCCUGAUGCUUUUUGGUGGGCAGUAGUUUCCAUGACAACGGUUGGCUAUGGAGACAUGGUUCCCACUACCAUAGGUGGGAAAAUAGUUGGUUCCUUGUGUGCCAUUGCAGGUGUAUUAACAAUUGCCUUACCAGUGCCGGUUAUAGUGUCCAAUUUCAACUACUUCUAUCACCGUGAGACAGAGGGAGAGGAGCAAGCUCAAUACUUGCAAGUCACCAGCUGCCCAAAGAUCCCUUCUUCCCCUGACCUAAAGAAAAGCAGAAGUGCCUCCACUAUUAGUAAGUCUGAUUAUAUGGAGAUACAAGAAGGUGUGAAUAAUAGUAAUGAGGACUUUAGAGAGGAGAACUUGAAAACAGCAAAUUGCACCCUAGCUAACACAAACUAUGUUAAUAUAACUAAAAUGCUAACUGAUGUCUAGUUAAUAAAAACCCCUAAUAUUUAAAACUCAAGUGGAACAAUUGCAGAUGUUGCGUAAUACCUUGCAUUGUAGUUAAUACAAUAUGUUCUACAACGUGUAUUUGGUUCUGCAUGGAAAGCAAUAGUUGUGUAAGUGACUCUUUUUAACAUUUGAUGCUCAAUAAGCUUUCAUGCAAUCUUUUUUCCAUUACAGACUUUGGGUUUCCAAGUAUAUGGAGCAUUUAAGACAAAAAUAUGUAACAAUAUCAAAUGAAAGGCAUUUGAGAGAGAGAAAACCUCCCCACGUAAACAAAAACUAACAAAUGCCAGCUACGUACAUAACAUGUAAUAGAAUUCAGCCCAUGCAAAAAUAUAUCCCAAGGAAAUAGUAUGCAACUAUACAUCUAGCUUCCAAUCAUAUGAAAGGUCAUGCAUAGUUUAACUAAUGGAACAGCCAUCCAAACUACUCUGAGGCUCAAAUUUCCAGACCAGAAAUGCCAAAGGGAGAAUAUACCAUGCAGGGUGGUGCUUCUGAACCAAAAAUGCUGCAUUGGAUUCAUCUACUGCAGCAUGUCAUUUGUGAGGCUUGCGGGGGGUGGAGGGAGAGAGCACUGUUUAGUAGGACAUUUUCUGUUGCUUUGGUAGGAUACAUGAAGAGCCUGGAGACAUUUUUUGUUUCAAAAAUAACAUGUAUUUUUGCUGGUUGGUCUCUCAUAUAUUCAGAACUGAAAAGCAUCCUGUUUCAAAUGCUGGAGCACCUAAGCUGUGGCCUAGAAUAUAUUUAUACUGCAGUGAAAUGUAACCAGUAUUACAGUACAGCUGCAUGGAUAUUUGUUGCAUGGAUCUUAAUAUACAAUACCCCAAAUAUAUCUAUUUUCUUAAGUA